AGUGUUACGUUCGUGCGGAAAUGGGGUGUAAAAAAUGACAUUCAUUUCGUUCCAUUCAUUCGUUUACAAAUGUCAGUAUAGGCUAGGCGAUUUUGCAAUAUUGUGAAGAAAAACGAUGUUUACGACUGAAAAUAACAAAUGUAAUCAUUAAAAUGUUAUCAGUUGUGUACGGAGUUAGGGCGUGUGCGCGCCAAAACACUGUGGCAUCGAAAUAACGCCGUUUGAAAGUGAAAAGGGCGUUUUACCUACUUCGUUUGAGGGAAAUCGUAUUCGCCCAAAUUCUCUUUCGGGAUCAUGUUAAAGUUUAAAAAGAUGGGAUCGGAUAAAGUGCCACUGUUGCUGGUGACCGCGAACGUGGGAUCUAUCUUCGAGGACCCAUCCGUGAUGCUCCCAAUAUGGACCUCCGAAUUCCUCCAAGCCGUGUCCCGCAUGGACCCGAAGUUCAUAGCCCUCCACCUCCAGGAAGUCGGUGGCAAGGCCUACGAGAAGUCCAUGCAGUACGUGAAGGACUUCGUGCAGAGGCUGUGCGAUUGUCCGGAGUUGCGGCUGUAUGACAAGAUCAGGAUAUUCCUCGAUGAGGAUUUUAGUUCCCCGGAGAAAUUUACGGCACUCGGAAACAUGUACUUCGCGCACUCUUCUCUCACCGACCUGAAAAUCUGGGACUUUGAGCAGAAAGCCUACGUGGAGGCUACAGGCAAGGAGGUGCACAGUGGCAACAUCGAGAAGGUUACUACUAAGGAGAAGACCAAGUUCCCGCAGCAUUUCUUUCCUGAGUGUAAGUGGUCCCGUAAAGGCUUUCUUCGCACACGGUGGCUGAUUCGAGGCACUGCGGUAGAGUUCGUGAACAUACAUCUAUUCCACGACGCUUCCAAUCUGCUUGCUCUGCAGCCCUUUCCUUCGGUAUAUUGUCGCAGUCGCCGACGCGCGCUCCGCCACACGCUGGGUCACAUCCAUUCCGACGUCAACGCGGCGCCAUAUUUCAUCUUCGGAGACUUCAACUUUCGCACCGACACCGGUGGCGUCGUCAAGAAAGUGACAGAAGAGCUGACAGCAUGCAGACUUCAGAAUGGCAACGCCACCGAGUCUUCGAAACUCCAGUAUCGAGGGCCGGAUGGCAGAAUAGUCCUCACAGUAGGCAAGAAGGAGUUCGCUCAUCAGGACCACCAGAAGAUCUUUCGAGAGCCGUGGUUGCAACGUUUCGAUCGCGAGUUGGAAGCACUGCGGCCGCACUUGUAUGAGUUUCCCGUCAAAUUCCCACCGACGUACCCCUUUGAGGAGGACGUACAGUUGCCGACGCAUUACAUGAAGACCAGGUGUCCGGCGUGGUGUGAUCGUAUACUGCUGUCGCAGUCGGCGCGGCUGCUCGUGCAGCACGAUCCGGCCAGACCAGAAAGCCGACAUCUUCACACGUCUAGGAAGUCUGUAGCGGACUCUACGGACAGCAGCGGCCGCGUGUCGUCGUCGGACACGUCGCCGGCACGCUCCGGCUCGCCGGCCAGGAGCCAGCAAUCGAGCCCCGGCAAGACGUUAGAGAAGAAAUCAUCAAUGGCCGACCUAGACGCAUUAUCGGUGCCCGGUAUCGGCGUCGCCAGGAAGAGUAUUGCCGAUCCCACUAGUGUGCAGCACGCUAUUAACUCCAGGGUAUCGGACGGGGAAGGUUCCCCGGCGCGGCGCAAGCUGGUCCGCAACCAGAGCGAGGGCUCGCCCAAGCCCAGCGACGUGUCCAGCGAGCUGCGCCGCCUCGUCGACCUGCCCGCCCGGCGCCGCAGCGAGUACGGGGCCAUAGGAGACACGGCCUGCAUGGGGGACCAUAAGCCGAUCUACCUGCGCGUGAUGCUGCAAAGCGACCGAGGUAUCUUAGCGUGCUGCGACCCCAAGUUCCCCUAUCCACUUUGCCCCCGUUUCCCCUCAACCCUCUCCCUACUACGGCCCCGUCUCACCCGGCUAGCUACAGACCCAGACUUGUACUAUAGUAAAAAGAAAUUAGACAUAACUAGCACUAACUUAGAAGAUAUACCUGACGAUUUGAAACGAACCAGAACUGGCUCCUUAGAAAUACUAAGGAUACCAGAUGUAGAAAUCACAAGUGCUGGCUACAGCUCUUACGACGGCAUUUUUGUAAACGAUGUCGAUAAUACGUUACUUACUGUAAGACAAUGCUUAGACCCAUACACACCAGAAAGUAUAGAUUCUCAUACACCUAAUAUGGAAGCGGCAUCUUCAGGGUCUGAAGACAUGUCUAACGAAAUCUCUGACGUUUUAGGCGAUGUCAUAAUCGAUAUACCUUAUAAUAAACUAACUAGAGAUAGAAGUGUGUCUCCAACGCAGUUAAAAAGUCGUCUAGAUAGACUUUUAAAUGAUGGGAAGUUAGCCAAAGUACCAGAGCUCCAGAGGCUUAAUAGUAGGGAUUCGUGCAAGUCGGUUGACAGUAAGAAAGGGGGGUUGUGUUGUUUAGCGUUGAAGUGUUACGGGUUUUGUAGGAAGCGGGCGCGCAAAGUUGAGUGUAAAUGUAGUGGAAUGUGUUGCACUUGCUAGCUUUUAUAUAGCACAGACAACUAAAAUACAUACAUAAUUGAAUCCAUACUCUGUACCUUUAGGUAUUUAAAUAAAAGUAAACAAAAUCUACCCUCAAAUGGCUCCUUAAGCCAGUUGAGGGUAGAUGAAAACAUUACACUAUCAAAUAAUGUAGGUUAAACAUAGAAGGUAGGAUCGUAUAGAAGUGGUAUACGCGUGCCUCCGUGAGGGACAAAACAUACGCAAAUGCGACACUGUGAUUGGUCGAAUUCAUUUGUUGUCCACCAUUAUACAUACUAAAAAAAAGGUGGGGAACAAAUAAAAUGUGAGACUGUGACAAGGACAAACAAUAAUAGCUCUUUCGCUGCUACUCCUACUGAAAGAUACAUAAGACUAUCCCGUUCUGUCAGUUACCCCCACCACUCGUGCCAGAUCCAGGUAUAUCCUAGAUUCAUGAGGUUAAAGGUUCAGUGACAGAUCCAGGCGGUUUUGUAUUUGGUCGGUUAACCAAUAAAUGUUAUAACUACCCGAAAAUGUACAAAUUGUUUGUUUACUUUUAUUUAAAUGCUUAAAGAUAUAGACUAUAAAGGCCGGAGCACACCGGCUGUUUGUAGAUGUGCACGUGCGCUUCAUGUUCUGUAUAUUACAAAGCAUCCGAUGUGUACUCAGGUGAGCCUCUAUUCAUAAUCUGCGGGUUGAAUGGUUUCAGUAUUGAAAUCACAAAAAAGGAAACAUUCCAUGCAAAUCGUUUUUUUACAAAUCUUAGGACCGCCAGUUUUCUUUCAAGAUUCCAGUACAGGUCCCAUAGUAAAAGUUGUGCAGUAUUAACUUAACGUAGAUCUAAUUCUAAAUAUUCAUCUGCAGAAUAUGGCCAAAAGUAAAAUUCAGUAUUACAAAGGCGAAUUCUUAUUAAUGGGAUCGUGAUGACUGACUAUAGAAUUUAUUUUUGAUUGUAAUUACAGUGGUUACCUAAAAUUUACAGAAUUAUUCUGUAGUAACAUUUUCUACUGCGGGGUAGAAAUAAUCACUAUAGAUAGUACUUUUAGUUGUCUGUGCUUAUCAAGAAAUAAUAUAUUUUAAAGCAUCAGUAAGAAUGUAACAUUUUUACGACUGCUUUGAAAAUAGAGCUGUUUUAAAAUUUGCUUGACAAUGUCUAUCUUGUCAUGGCAUUAAUUUGAAUACAUUUCCGUUAAUGUCUGCUAAUAUUGUCAACUAAUCUAAUUUAACUCUUAAAGUUACCUUAUUUGAACUGUCCCUUAUUUCACCAACUUGACAAUUGUCAUUGUCAUGUCACAAUUAUCACUUGACGAUGACAAUCAUUGUAUACAUGUGUCAAAUGACAAUUGUUUAGUUGGCAAAAUAAGGGCCUAAUUUGUGCUGCACUUGUUUCUGACAAGAAUUAAUUCAAUUGAAUGACCAUUUUGGUGUUGACUGCAUUUAACAGUGUUUUAAAUAUUUUUUCUUUAGACGUUUUAAUACAGUAAUUAUGCAUUGUUAUUUGCUUGCAAUUGACCGUAUAUAAUCAAUUGUUCAACUUAUUUUAUACUUAUCUUUAAAAAAUAUAUCUCAUUGAAUAUUUUGGACUUUUGAGGAAAACUUGGUUAAAUAUCAUUGGUGGGAUGAUUUUUUUAGUAGUUUUAAAUACAUACACGACGAUCUUUUUGAUUAAAUGGACACUACAUUAUAUUUUAACUCCUAACCGGAAAUGUGUCUUAUAGUGAUGCUUAAUCAUGAAAAAUAGAUUUUUAUAUAAUGACAUUUAAAAAGUCUCCAAAUCACUAAAUGUGUUGAGAAUAUGAACUGUUAUAAUAAAGUAGGUGAAUUCUGCCGUAAAACAGAUAUUUAAACAUUAAAGAUCUUAUGUUAAGCGUCAACCGUAUACGGUUGCUAUGACCAAAUAAAUGGUAUUUCUACCAUUGCAUUGACAUUUUAAAACGUUUUGUUUUAGCUAUUGAAUUAUUAGUGUAAUAUGGCUUUUUAUUACUUAAGAGAUGGCUAAUGGUAAACAAAUAUUUAGUCUCUGCAUGUGUGGUUUAAACCGCAUGCACUGCAUAUAGUAAAUAUUUAAUUAUUUAAUUUGUACCUAUAGUCAUGUAUUCAGUUUCAAUAUAUCUGAGAGUAGAAAAUUGGUAGUCAAAGAAUUAGUUUGCCGUUAAAAUAUUAAUCUCAAUAACAUUCUAAUAGCUCAUUAAUACAUAUGACAAUUGUCAUCUGAAAAUCACAGUUAGCCGUACAGUCAACUAGUUAAGACUGGCGAACUUCUAUUUUCACGGCUCAAUUUUUUCUUUGUAAUAACAAAGGUUACUCUCUGAUAUUAUUUAUAAGAUCUUGUAUAACGAGGUGGUUAACUAGGUUUCAAUGCAGUUAUAAACUAGUCGGGCACAGUUGAAACUAACUGUUGUAAACAUUUGAUGCAAUUUAAAAUAAGAUUUUAACAUCAGCUGUGCUAUUAAUUUUAAAUUAAUUAAAUUUAAAUUAAAAUACCAAAUGGUUUUAAGUCUAGUCGAACUGCUCAAGCGGACUUAAGGGCUUAUUUAUGAACAUACGAAAAUACCUCGGAAUUUAAAUUAUUAAACGGCAAUUUUUGUUUGGUAAAGACGAAUUUAUAGUAAAAAUGUGAACCUCUAUACAAACUAGCUAUCCAAAAAAGAACCGUAAGUGGCGUUAAUUUAGAAAAAUAUUUAACACAUAAGUAUGGAGCUUUGGCCCAUAUAUUAUGUUGUGUGAAAUAGAGUCAGACCGUGAAAAGUCUGCAGCGAUUUUGAUAGCCCACGCAGUGCAAGUGUCAUUUUAAACGUCAAACUUCUAUGAAAUUAUGACGUAUAAAUAACACACUACGUGGGCUAUCAAAUCCGCUGCAGACUUUUCUUGGUGCGACUCUAUGACGUAUUAAUUGAUAUAGGUAGGUACAUAAUAUUAUAUUUGACCCUAAAAUAACGCGCUUUCCUCUACUAUAAUAAGUUACGUGGUCUGGAUGUAAGCAAUGUUGCUAUUAAUUCGUCUUUGGUUUUAUUCAUUUUAUUGGUAGAUAGGUAUAUUAAAACUUAAUGUUAUGUCAGGCACAUAUCACUUAUUAAGGUUUUUUUUGCAAUAAUCUCAAUGCAAGGUAGUUUGUAGUGACAGAUGACGAACAACUAAUUUUUAUAUGUAUUGCGUUUCCAAGAAAUAUUAAAAUUAAAAUCAAUUCUGUAAUCAUUUUAUUUAUUGACCUGUUCGUUAUAGGAUAAAUAAGUCUUUUCCAUUUUUUAAUAAUGAAACUUACAAUUUCCAUGAAUUAAUUCAUUAAGGCUAUUAAUGAUAAGGCGCACUGGUUCAGGAUAGUACUUUAUUUCAUGAAACCUGAGAGAAGACUGAAAAAAAAAUGGUGUCAAAAGGAACAUAAAAUUAUAAGAACAAAGGAAUUCAAAAUUACAAUAAAAAUAUAAAAAGUAAACGUAUAAAAAGGUGCGUCGUCCACAAAGGCAUUAUAAAUGUAUUCGUAUACCUAGUACAGCUUUAAGUGAUACUUUCUUGUUACCUAUUUCUUGGAAAGUGCAAUCUGUGUGUGCUUUUAAUUUAAUAAAAUAUCAGUCAGUAAUUUAUACAUGUCGUACACAAAUAUUCAACAUUCUGCAUGUUUAUUAGGCGUAUGUAUAAUGCACUGAAAAAUGUACCUUAUAAGCUAAGACAUUCGGUGCUAAUUCUACUGUAGUUUUAAUAAACAUUCCGCACUGAA